AUCUUGCUGGGUCAGAAAUACAACCAUUCUGUUGACUGGUGGUCCUUUGGCGUCCUCCUCUAUGAAAUGCUAAUUGGUCAGUCACCUUUCCACGGGCAAGAUGAAGAAGAGCUCUUCCACUCCAUCCGCAUGGACAACCCCUUUUACCCCCGAUGGCUGGAGAGGGAGGCUAAGGACCUUUUAGUGAAGCUUUUUGUGAGGGAACCUGAAAAGAGGCUGGGAGUAAGGGGAGACAUCCGACAGCACCCUUUGUUUCGGGAGAUCAAUUGGGAAGAGCUUGAAAGAAAGGAGAUUGACCCACCAUUCAGGCCUAAAGUGAAAUCACCAUAUGACUGCAGCAAUUUCGACAAGGAAUUCUUAAAUGAGAAACCCCGGCUGUCAUUCGCCGACAGAGCACUGAUCAACAGUAUGGACCAGAACAUGUUCAGAAACUUUUCUUUCAUUAACCCGGGAAUGGAGACGCUGAUAUCCUGAAUCCCAUCUUCAGACACGCGAAGGAAUUUGCCUUCUCUCUGUGAACUGGUUCGAGUGACACUCCUUGGGUUCCUUUUCAACUUGGGAAAGAAAAGAAACACUCAACAAUAAAGGCUGAGGCCUUUCAGCUCCUCACUGACUUUGCAUCUGUAGCAGAAACCAACUCAACUUCACUAAUGACACCACCUUUGGUUUCUCUGAUCUUUCACGGCUAUUCUUGAAGUUAGGUCAUGACUAACCAUAGUUAUUUACUUGAAAGAUGGUUCUUCGCACUGGGAAAGAUGUGAAAACUUAAUUCUGCUCUAA